AAAAAAGCUAUUUCAUGGUCUCUGACAAAUAUAGACGCGACUUUAUUUUGCACAAAAAAAGAAGACGCGUUGUGUGUACUACCUCGAUUUUUGCUUUUUCUUUAUUCUAGUUUCCCUAUGCCGCGCGAAAUUAUUACUUUACAAGCUGGUCAAUGUGGCAAUCAAAUCGGAAGUGAGUUUUGGAAACAGAUUUGUGCAGAACAUGGUAUUAGCAACGAUGGUACUUUAGAGGACUUUGCUACUGAAGGUGGCGAUAGAAAAGACGUGUUUUUUUAUCAGGCUGAUGAUGAACACUAUAUACCUCGAGCACUUUUACUUGAUCUUGAACCUAGAGUUAUCAAUAAUAUCAAAGCAUCACCUUUCGCCAACUUGUAUAAUCCAGAAAAUAUAUACACUUCAGAAGAUGGUGGAGGUGCAGGAAAUACAUGGCCAAAUGGUUAUUCUCAAGGUGAAAAAGUAUCUGAAGAUAUUAUGGAUAUGGUUGAUAGAGAGGCAGACAACAGUGAUUCAUUAGAAGGAUUUAUGCUGCUUCAUUCUAUUGCUGGUGGUACUGGUUCAGGUCUAGGUUCAUUUUUACUCGAGAGGCUUAAUGAUCGUUACCCAAAGAAGCUGAUCCAAACAUACUCUGUGUUCCCCAACUCAGAAGAAGUGUCUGAUACUGUUGUUCAACCGUACAAUAGCAUGCUAGCAUUAAAGCGCUUGAUUCAUAAUGCUGAUAGUGUUGUUGUGCUUGAUAAUGCUGCAUUGUCUCGUAUUGCCACUGAUAGACUGCAUAUUCCGCAACCAACAUUUGAGCAAACAAAUCAACUGGUGUCUACAGUCAUGUCAGCAAGUACAACCACACUUAGAUAUCCUGGCUAUAUGAACAAUGAUUUAGUAGGUAUAGUAGCAUCACUUAUUCCAACACCUCGAUGUCACUUUUUGACAACUGCAUAUACACCUUUUUCAAGUGAACAAGUAGAAAAAGCCAAAUCCAUCCGUAAAACCACUGUCUUAGAUGUCAUGAGGAGACUACUUCAGCCCAAAAAUCGCAUGGUAUCCACAGUCCCAUCUAAAAGAAGCUGCUACAUUUCUGUGUUAGAUAUCAUUCAAGGUGAAGCAGAUCCAACAGAUGUACACAAAUCGCUGUUGCGUAUCCGUGAAAGACGUGUAGCAUCAUUUAUACCUUGGGGACCAGCUAGUAUUCAAGUCGCUCUUUCAAAGAAAUCACCCUAUGUACAAACUCCUCAUCGAGUGAGUGGUUUAAUGUUGGCUAACCAUACGAGCAUUGCCUCUUUAUUUAAGCGUACUUGUGAUCAAUAUGAUAAGUUAAGGAGACGUAAUGCCUUCUUGGAGCAGUAUAGAAAGUUUAACAUGUUUGCUGAUGAUUUGGAUGAAUUUGAUGACUCAAGAAAUGUAGUACAAGAAUUGAUUGAUGAAUACGAGGCAUGUGAGACACCUGAAUAUGUCAAUUUCGGUGCCAAAAAUACACCUAUGGAGACUUUUUAAUAAAGGUUUAUUUACA